UUUGUCUCAGAGCGUGUUCGGACUUGCCCCUGUGUCCGAGUGCCCGAUAAAAGGCGCCAGCGAAGGCAAGAAUUCAGUUCGUCGGGAGCUGCGGAACGGCAAGGAUCACCACCUCUCUCUCCAGUGACCGACACUUCAGCAAGUUGGACCGUCGUCAAACUGACCAUCUCACUGAAAUGGCCAGUUCAGCCAUGGUAUUUUAUUGCAACAAGUGCGGCAAAGACUUCACUCAAAAACGGUCGCUUACGCGGCACCAAAAUUUUGCGCACACCGCAUUACCUACCAGUUACAUUUGCAAGAAAUGUAACAAAACAUUUUCCCGUCUCGACGCGUUAAAACGCCACGAAAAACAGCAUGCAGCUGGAGCAUCCCACCACGAGUCUGAUUUCAGAGGAAAUACCUUUGCUAGGGUUUCCGACAAUAGCAAUGAGCGCUCAGAACCGACCACCUACCGUUGUGAGACGUGCGAAAAGACCUUCACCCGGCGCGACGCCAUGAAUCGACACCAUCAGCAGAAGCACACAUCUGCCGCGCCCCAGCAUGAAUGUGAUUUCUGCGGGAAACAGUUUGUCAGGAAGGACAAGCUGCUAGAACACAAACGAACACAUGACAAACAUCCGACAAGACUAUCGUUCCGCUGUCGUUUGUGUAACACAUCCUUCAACACGGUAGGAGAACUGCAUCGUCAUAGGGAAGAGGUACACCCAGAAGACGUGCCGUCUACGUCCCGAGGCCACAAGAGAAAACUUUCAGCUAACACCGACGAGAGUGCACCGAAACGGGCCAGAAAAGUGCAGCCCUUGUCACCAAACGACCCGUUUCCCGUGCAGGAAGACCCAUUGGACAAACCGGAGGACUUGGCUUUAGAAGACGAAGAUCCAGCUUUGGAACAGAUGUACAGAAGAAAAUGGUCAAACAUCCGUACACACUUUGAGAGGAAAUCGGUCCAUGACAGGUAUAAUUUUAGAAUGAACUCCGUCAACGUGGACGACCUGGCAGAAAAAGUGUGGGCGAUCUUCCGAGACCAAAAGACGUCGUUCAAAAUCAACUUGUCGUACGGGUUCGUUCUCCGCAACAACGAAGGUGAUCUGCGCUAUUUCUACCCCUGCGAGAAUAACCACACUUUCCUGAAGAACCCGGUGAUAGUCGACAACGAGGAAGACAUGCAAAGAUUUUUGGACCAAAUAGCCGACAAGGACAUCGUCGAGUAUUGCCGACAGCAGCGUCCGGACUCCAAAUGGAUCGUACACGCCAUUCCACAUGUAGAGUUUUACGUCAGCAAACUGGGAGACCAUCCCAUCGGCGCACCCAAGACCCUUCCCGCGUACAUCGUCAAAAACAAAGCCAUCAAUGUUCUUCAAAGCGGAAUGCACGGACCAUUCGACGACAACCUGUGCUUCUUUCGCUGUCUUGCUGCACACUACGGCAAGGAUCCAAAACGACUCGAGACGGCGACCAAGGAGCUCCUCAAACAGUACCUGGAAGCCGCGGACCUAACCGAGAAAGACUUCUGCGGGGUGGCCCUAGGAGACUUGGCCGACAUAGAGAAACUCUUUCAAGUCAACGUCUACGUCUACUCGCUUCGGCUCAGUGACGAAGAAGACGAGGAAAACGACACACUGUUUGCUGAACUGAUCAGACGUCCCCUCACCCGCUACAAAAACACCAUGUACCUCAACCUGUAUGAAGAUCACUUCAGCUACAUCAAGGACUUUAAGACGUACGCCAAAUCGUACGGUUGCCCCACGUGCGGGAGGAAAUUUAAGCGCGCCUACAACUUGCGGUAUCAUCAGACAAAGUGCACCGGGGCCGUAAAGUACGUCUAUCCCGGCGGGGCGUACAACAGGAGACAAACCAUAUUUGAACAACUGGACGAUGUCGGCAUCCACGUUGAUCCAAAGGAUCGCUUUUACCCUUACCGAGCGACGUACGACAUCGAGUGUCUCCUGAAACCGCUGUCCGAUCAAAACACCGACAAGAUGUCGUGGGAGGCCGUGCACGAACUGUUAAGCGUCAGUGUCUGCUCCAAUGUACCAGGGUUCACGACGCCUAAAUGCUUCGUCUCCGAGGGUGAUCCGUCCGCUGUUGCUGACGAGAUGUUGGAGUAUCUGCAGGAGAUGAGUGAGGCGGCCUACGAGGGGUUGAAAGAACAUUUUGCCGACGUUUUUGAACAGAUAAACUCGUUGUACCCGGAUGAUGAUGACGAUGAUGAUGAUGAUGAAGAUGACUUCACGAUGUCUCGACCGGAAGAACAAAAUGUCGCGAUGUUGGACGGAGAAGACGAAGAAGGUGACAUCGUGAUGCUAGAAGAAGAUGAAUCCUCCGUAACGUCACGAGAAGACGAUGAAGAUUCCACCAUGUCGGAAGAUGAAGAACAUGACGAAGACGGGGAGGGUGAAGAAAAACAGCAAGAAGGGAGAACUUGGAUCAGGAAGUUGAUCGGUCGACUGCACCACCACCUUCGUCAGUUACCCAUUGCUGGUUUCAAUUCUGGGAAGUACGAUGUAAACGCCAUGAAGAAGGUAUUCCUCCCCCUCCUGCACACGCAACAGGAGAACCUACGGCCCAUCAAGAAGAACAACAGCUUCAUGUCCAUCGAGACGGAUCAUCUCAAGUUCCUGGAUCUGAUCAACUAUGUGGCGCCCGGGUUCUCCUACUCCCACCUGCUCAAGGCGUACGAGUGCCAGGAGAUGAAGGGAUUCUUUCCGUACGAAUGGAUGGACGACCUGAGCAAGUUGGAGCAGACAAGCCUUCCACCUGCUGACGCGUUCUACAGCAGGUUGCGCGGGACACACAUUUCCCCAGACGACUACGCCCACUGUCAGACGGUCUGGAAAGAAUGCGGCAUGAAGACCAUAAAGGAUUUCUUGAUAUGGUAG